AUGCCAACCAAAUCCGCAGAGAAAAAGUCCAUUCCGAAUAAACUUAUUGCUGCUGGUCGUCAUCAUGAAGAAAGUGAUGAUGAUGAAGCACCGGAAAUGAUACAUAGCAAGGCCAAAAUGGCUGUUGCAGCACUCGCUGAGCAGGAAUUAAAAAAACAAAGUGUUCGGGAUAAGAAAUUGAAAAAGUUAUCUAAAAAAUCGGAAAAACGAAAACAUUCGGAGGAGCAAGAAGUCCAUGACGAAGAGAAUGACAUUGCCUCCUCCUCAUCAUCAUCAUCAGCUAAAAAACAAAAGAAACUAUUGGAUGCCUCUGUUUUGGAUUUUUUAGUUCAACAAGAUGAAAAACAAGAAGCAUCCACAGAGUCGUCCACAACAAAAACACCACAAAUUCAAGCAACCUUAGAAACGGCAGCACCUAAAAAAUCACGUUCCAAGAGAUUUGUCGAUUUGAAAUUGGAGGCUACUCUCGCAAAGGAGAAGGUGGAUCCAUUUACUGUGAAAACUGAGGUGGAUCCGGCCGUGUUGAAAUUUUUACAUUUAGAGUUCUAUAAGAAGAAUCAUCGGAAAGAUACGGCAAAAUUUGUCGAUGCAAAGAGAAGUACCAUUGUACCAGCUUCUGACUUUUUUGGAAAACAACGAUGGUUGACAGAGCAAGUGUUUCUCAACCCUUACGAUUUACAACAUUAA